CCGGUUUACAUGUUAUAAAUACACCCUCUAGGGUUAGGGCUUGUAGUAACAACUAAAAGCAAGUUAUUGAUUCUCUCUCUUUUCCCCUCUUUCUCUCCAGAUGCCAGCUUCUAAUUAUAGGCCAGUCUUCCAAUUGGAGAGUUCUAGCCUAGUUUAUCAAGGAUUUGAAAGAGGAAAAGGCAGUGUGGAAUUAGGGAGUAGCAUGAUGAGGAAGCGACAAGUAGUGGUAAGAAGAAUGGAAGAACCUUCAAGAAGCUCAACGACUUCUUUCACUAUCAGGAAUGUUAAGUAUGGAGAGUGCCUAAAGAAUCAUGCUGUUAGUGUUGGAGGUUAUGCUGUUGACGGGUGCAGAGAGUUCAUGGCUAAUGGCGAGGAAGGCACAGCUGGUGCACUCACAUGUGCCGCUUGUGGUUGCCAUAGAAACUACCACAGAAGGGAAGUGGAGACAGAGGUGGUAUGUGAUUGUUCAUCACCUUCUUCAAAUGGUAAUUAGAAUUUCGAUGAGUGCUGGGGUUUUAUGUAUAGUGUAUGACUUUUACUUUUCCUGUUUGGAUUUGUGAUUGUUGCUCUUGUUGUUUUAUUAUUAAUGGUUUUUAGGGUUGAUGGACAUCAUAAGUGGCGCUCCUCUAUAUAUGAUUUGUGUAUGUGAAAAGCUAAUGGAGAACAGUGAAAAUUAACUGAGUGAUGUGUUUUUGAUGAUCAAUGAACAUUGCCAUAGCAAAUUGCUGGCACUAGGAUGAAUUAGCUGUUAUAAGCUUCAUGAUUGGAGCGAAUAAAGCAUAUGUAAUGCAGCAGUUA